AUGGGAUUUCAAAAAUGUCCAGUAGAAUUUGGAGUAUAUGUGAAGUCAUUCGGACAACAAAGCACACUGCUGAUAUGUCUGUAUGUUGAUGAUCUUCUUAUAACAGGAGAUUCUGAAGAAGAGAUUGCAGAAUUUAAAAGACGCAUGAAAGAAGAAUAUGAUAUGACCGAUCUUGGUCAAUUGAGUUACUUCCUCGGAUUGGAGUUUGUGCAGAGAGCAAAUGGGAUUUUGAUUCAUCAAAGAAGAUAUGUUAAUGAAGUCCUGAAGAGGUUCAACAUGUUAAAUUGCAACAACACUGUAGUUCCAAUUAUGGUAAAUUUAAAGCUGUCUAACCUGGAAGAAGAGAGAAAGGUAGAUGCAACUCUCUUCAAACAAAUAGUAGGAUCACUCAGAUUUUUGUGUAAUAGCAGACCGAACAUCAACUUUGCAGUUGGAUUGGUGAGCAGAUUCAUGAGUGAUCUGAGACAUACUCACCGCAUCACAGCCAAGCAUAUUCUACGGUACUUGAAAGCAACAACAGAUUUUGGAUUGUUCUUUCCCAAAGGAUACAACAGUUUGAAUAGAGUGUUGGAGGCCUGGAGUGACUCAGAUUGGUGUGGUGAUCAGGUGGAGAGGAAAAGCACGCAUGGUUACUUGUUCAAGUAUGGAGGAGCAUCAAUCUCUUGGUGCUCUAGAAAGCAAAAUGUUGUAGCACUUUCUUCAUGUGAAGUGGAGUACAUUGCCUCUGCUGAAACAGCGUGUCAAAGCACUUGGUUGGAAGCUAUUCUCGAUGAAUUGAAGGUUGAAUACAAGAAACCUGUAUAG